AUGUCUGCAUCCCCCCUGGAUCAAGAGAAUGACUCUGCUAGAUCACCUAGGCAUCUGAGGACCCAAAGGGUCAGUUUAGCCGGUCUAGACCUCGACCCAGAGGCAGACGAUGAAGAGUACAAGGAAGGAGAGGAUUUUGACGAGUCAGGAGUGAAAGAGGAUGAUGAGGAUGCCGAUGUCAACGACGAUGAUGACGAAGAAAAUGCUGAUGACGAUGAUGACGACGAUGAAGUUGUUAAAGUUGGCAGACCAAGAGGUAGGAAGAGAAAAGCCGCUGCCAGUGACGACUUGGAUAACGAGGAUGAGGAAAAGAAAGACGACUUGGAAUCCGACGUGAAAGAUGAGGCUGCCGCAGACGGAGAGCCACCAAAGAAAAAGGGCAAGAAGAGAGGAAGAAAGCCUAAGAUUCCUAGACCAGAUGAUGUUCAUUACGAUGAUAAGGGGAACGAACUCAAUGUGAAGAACGACGAAAUUGUCUUGGACUACGAGGAUCCCAAAGGUCUCGAGAAGGUCGACGAGUUGGGCAAUUUAAAAGGUGACAGAAAGUACAGAGUGAAGACAUUUACCUUGUUGGACAAAGGUGAUCGGUUGUACAUGGUGUCCACGGAGCCUGCUCGUAUAUUGGGCUACAGAGACUCGUACUUAUUGUUCAAGAAUCACCUGUCCUUAUUUAAGAAAGUCUGCACCCAUGAGGAAAAGAUGGACUUGAUUGAUCGUCAUUUAAUCCCCACUUCCUACAAGGGUAGAUCAGUGAAUCUUGUGACUGCCCGUUCCAUGUUCAGGCAAUUUGGAGCAAAGAUGAUUAUAGGUGGUAAAAAAGUCAUUGACGAUUUUGCUGAGCAGGAGGCUAUUGACCGUGGUGACGUUGCUGGUGAGUAUGCUGAUCCAGAGGAGGCCACGGCGUCCAACAGAGCUGCCAGUUACGGUGCGGGUGAGAAUGCGGUUGCAGGCUCUGCUUUGAUCAACUACCAGAGUGAUCACACAUGGAUGUACCAAGUGGCCAAACAGACUGCAGAUUUCAACAGCUCAUUGACAGAGCUGAGGAAUCAAGUCUGGCUAAGAGGAAUCAAGGACACUUAUAGUGGUUUCAACUUCUACCCUCAAGGAAGUCAACCCAAGAAAGCUGUGUUUAAAAAAGUGGCCAGCAAUACUGAUGGCCUCAAGAGUUCUCUUGUUUUUUACAACCCAGACAUCCGUCGAAAAGUCACCGGACUAGCCACGAUACCAAACGAAAUUUUUGAAGAUAUAGAGGACGAGGAGAUAAAAAAGGCUAUUCUCGAACAACAAGCUUACGAAAGAGCUGCCGUAAGGCUUUGA